UGUACGAGUGCCGGUUGUCGGAUGGUCCUUUGACGGUCGCGAAGAAUAUGAGAUGGUUGGUCAAUACGACUUACCGGACUUUCCCACACCUAUUGCCGUUACGGAUCGCAGUGGCAGGUCGAAAUGGACCGUUUCGAUUCCACCUACGUAUGACUUCCCUCUCACCAUCAAGGAAUACUCGGAUAUCUGCGCCAAAUGCCAAGAAGUAGCGGCUCACGUUCGAGAAUUACAUGGUCAAACGACCUCCCAACAAGCUCAGACGGAUUACUAUUACGAGGACCCCUACUUCCUGGACGUCAAAGAUGCCGAAAAGCGCGGGUUGUUACCAGGUGUAGAGGGCAAGGCUUGGAAAGUGACCGCGCAAGCUCAAGCUGGUCAUUUGGUGGGAGAUAGGGCCGAUGGCCUGGUUGAUAAGAGUAUCUGCAAGACGUCCUUGACUUUUGUUCUUGAAACUUCAGACGCUGGACUGGGCCCCACGAUGAUGAUGUUAUGGAUGGCGUAUGGUCUUGCGCAAAAGGAAAAACGAUCUUUCUUCAUCGACGAUUCGCGAUGGGCAUAUGGCGAGUACACUGAUAUCUUUAAGGCGCCGCCGAUGCCUGAGUGCAAUCCACCACCGCGCCACGAGAUGCUCCCAUGUCCCCACAACGCGCGGCAUUUAGUCGUAUCGGCUGCUACAGCAUCUGAGACCUUUGGCAAGAGCUUCAAUGCUGAGUAUGAAAAUGCGCAUCGAAGUAGUGUCGAUCGAGAUCGGUCGAUUUACAACCUCGCUCGAGUCGGAUAUGAGGCUUUAUUUCAUCUAAACGACGAAGACCAGCCUUACGUAGAACAUCGCAUCAAGGAAUUGAGAACGAUGGCGAAGGUUACAGAGGGAGGUUAUAACGAUGGUAUGGUUGUAGGAAUCCAUAUUCGACAUGGCGAUUUACACCCCUACGAAUAUCAAUACAAUGGGGCGUACGUACCUCUUAACGUCUACGCGCAAAGGUCGAAAGAACUUGUGGAGGAUUAUCAUAACUUUAGUACUCCCCUCGGAGGGGAGGAUAAAGUCGCGAAACAACAUUCCUUUUCUAUUCUUGCAUCAGACGAUCCCGACGUAUACGAAACUGAAGAAUUUUCGAGAGCGAUCCGAGCUCAGGAACAGAUCAAGCUUGCCAGCAAAGAACACGUCCAGAAAGAGGCUCCGAACAAGUCGGUGAUGCAUAAAUUCGUCGAGGAGGCUUUCGGUUGGGAAGGUGGAUUCUUUGCGACUAUGUUCUGGAAUCUGGGACGCUCGACUUUGAAUAACGCCAACGCGGCAGACGAAUUGCAAACGACGCUCAAACCAUCUGCGGAAACCAUGCGGCUUAGAAUGCUUAUCGGACGCGCGUACAUGAUGGAUUUAGCGGUCCUUGGUCAAGCUAGCGACUCGGUCAUUUGCACUAUGAGUGCGAUGGGCUGUCGUUUGCUAGCCGUGAUCAUGGGCUGGGAAAAAGCAAUGGAGCAAGGGAGAUGGGUUAACAUCGACGGAGAUUUUCAAUGGACCGCAUUGGCAUUAUAAAUUAUUUAAAGCACUGGUAUGGCGUUAUUAGGCGUUUGAUAAGCUCAAACAGAGAGCAAGCAGAGAAAGGACGGUACAAGAAAAAAAAUGAUAUCCAAGCAUAUAGCAUAGCCCAUUCUCACGGCGUUUUAAAGGGGAUUAAAGAAAGAAAGGUGCUUUUGUUUGCUGAUAGGAAUACGAUGGCUUCAGCAGAGCAUUUGGCGAAGAUCUGCAUCACGGUAGAAAAGCAUAUAUCCCCCAACCGCAAGGUGGGACAUCAGGGAAUAGCCCUUCACGAGCCUUAUCGGC